GAAUCGGUAAUUUGGCUCACCGGUUGAGCGGUUUAACUGACAAUUUACUUAUUCUUAUUAAUUGUAACUAUUAAUUGUUUUUUGAUAAUUAGUUUUUAGUAGAUUUUAGUGUUAAACCUUCUGGGUACCGUUUAGAGUGAGUGUUGUUAAUUAAACAGUCAAAAGGAUGACAACAACGGUGGUUUAUUAUCAGACUUCCAGUUGGCUUCAGAGACACUUUUCUCUGGCCAGACAAGACAAUCUAUUAAAGUUAAUUGUUUUGUUAAUGGCUUCAAUUCUAUCUUUUUCUAUUAGAUUGUUCUCUGUACUUCGUUAUGAAAGUGUCAUCCAUGAGUUUGAUCCAUACUUUAAUUACCGUACUACACAGUAUUUGACCGAAAAAGGAUUUUACAGUUUCCUCAAUUGGUUUGAUGAUCGAGCUUGGUAUCCACUAGGACGUAUCAUUGGAGGGACCAUUUAUCCCGGUCUUAUGGUCACAUCAACGGCUAUCUACCAUUUUCUACACUUUUUGAACAUUGAUCUUGACAUAAGAAAUGUCUGCGUAUUUCUCGCCCCCUUAUUUUCUAGUUUCACCACAAUAGUUACCUACUUUUUAACUAAAGAGCUUUACACACCCUCUGCUGGUCUAGUGGCAGCCGCCUUGAUCUCAAUUGUCCCCGGUUACAUAUCACGUUCAGUUGCCGGUUCUUACGAUAAUGAAGGAAUCGCCAUUUUCUGUAUGCUAUUGACAUACUAUUUCUGGAUAAAAUCAGUGAAAACUGGUAAAAUUAUUUGGUCAUCACUAUGCUCUAUUGCCUAUUUUUAUAUGGUUUCCUCUUGGGGUGGUUACGUUUUCCUCAUAAAUCUAAUCCCACUUCAUGUUUUAGUAUUAAUGAUCACCGGUCGCUUUAGUCACCGAAUCUAUGUUGCUUAUUCUGUUGUUUACAGUUUGGGAACUUUAUUAUCAAUGCAAAUACCAUUUGUUGGCUUCCAACCUGUUCAAUCCAGUGAACAUAUGGCUGCAUUAGGAGUUUUCGGCUUAUGUCAACUUAUCGCAUUCAACGAUUAUCUUAAAGGGAAACUGUCCAAGCAAAGUUACGAUUUUCUGUUUCGAUCUUUGGUUCUUGGAUUAGCUGCCGUUGGCUUUGCGGUUGGACUUUUCCUUACAAUCAUUGGAAAAAUCUCACCAUGGACUGGACGUUUCUACUCUCUUCUUGAUCCAUCAUACGCCAAAAAUUAUAUUCCCAUUAUUGCUUCGGUCUCUGAACAUCAACCUACUUCGUGGUCAUCUUUCUACUUUGAUCUACAAUUGCUCCUUUUUCUCUUUCCCGUUGGUCUUUAUACUUGUUUUAAGCAAAUUACCGAUGCUAAUAUUUUCAUCAUUCUUUAUGGCCUAACAAGUAUUUAUUUUGCAGGAGUUAUGGUUCGAUUGAUGCUUGUUCUAGCACCAGUUAUGUGCAUCCUUUCAGGAAUUGGAAUCUCAUCAAUGCUCACUCGAUAUUGUAAACAACUUGAAGCCGCUCAAUCUAAUACUCCAUCAGUUGGGGGAACCACUGGAGUCACAUCUUCCUCUUAUGGUGCUAAACAUCAUUCAUCAACACAACAAAAAAAGAAACAACAACGAUUCGAGAAUAAUUUCGCAAUGAAAAGUGAAAUCGCUACUUUAUUCAUCGGUUUAUCUUCUGUCUUACUUUGUAUGUACAGUUAUCAUUGUAUUUGGGUAACCAGCGAGGCCUAUUCAGCACCUUCAAUUGUCCUUUCUGCUCGAAGUCAUGAUGGAUCACGAAUUGUUUUCGAUGAUUUCCGUGAAGCCUACUAUUGGCUUCGUCAAAAUACUCCCGAAGACGCUAAAAUUAUGUCUUGGUGGGAUUAUGGUUAUCAAAUCUCUGCAAUGGCAAAUCGAACAAUAAUCGUGGACAAUAAUACUUGGAAUAACACUCACAUAUCUCGAGUUGGUCAAGCAAUGGCUUCAGAUGAAGAUAAAGCUUACGAAAUAAUGAGAGAAUUAGAUGUCAAUUAUGUUUUGGUGAUUUUUGGCGGAUUAACGGGCUACUCAUCUGAUGACAUCAAUAAAUUCCUUUGGAUGGUUCGUAUUGGUGGAAGCACCGAAAAAGGCAAACAUAUCAAAGAAUCAGACUAUUAUACUCCCGGAGAAUUCAAGAUUGAUAAAGAUGGCUCACCUACUCUACUUAAUUGUUUAAUGUAUAAAAUGAGUUAUUAUCGUUUCGGAUCUGUUUACACCGAAGGAGGUAAACCAGCUGGUUGGGAUCGAGUUCGAGCCGCUGAGAUCGGAAAGAAAGAUUUUGGCCUUAAAGUUUUGGAAGAAGCUUAUACCACUGAACAUUGGCUUGUACGAAUUUACAAAGUUAAAGAUUUACCCAACAGAGGAUAAAUCAACGCACAUCUGAUUUAUUAAUACUUAAUCAUUUUUUAAAAUAAUUAAUUGGCUGAAAUACUAAAUCAAAAAAACUAUUAACCCUAAAUUUGGAUUUUAAAAAGUAUCAAAUAUCAACAGUUGUCACAAAUGAAACAAUCGCAAUCAACAAAUAGACAAAAAUUCACCCUUGACAGUUAUCAAAAUCUCAAGCAAUAUGUAUUAUUAUUAUACUUUAAAAGCUGAUUGAAAACCCAGAGAAUCUGAUUUAACGAGGAAAAAUAUCGAACAAAAAAAAACAAUUAAUUCUGAUUAACUUAAUCAAAUCUAAACUGAUUGAUGAGAAAGUAAAAAACUUAAAAACACAAAGUAUUUUGUCAAAUUGAUUCACAACAAUGAGAAUCAAUUAAAUUGUCAUAAUUUAUCACAAACAUUUUUUGUACAUUAUGGAAAACCUAUGAACUAUUAAAAAUUAAAUCAGUUACAAUUAACGAUUUAACCAAAAUCUCUCGAA